AUGGAAGUCCAGUUGGAAAUCCGGGUUGAACUCGGGGCUGUGCAGGCGACCAGCAUCUUAGGCAUGUAUGCUGUCAAGUCGAGACCUGAAAUCGGCAAUUGGGCACUGAUUGACUUGAAUUUGUCACCGAUCUUUGCCAAGCCCUCGAGAUUGAUGAGCCAUCGUACCGCUACCGCCAUGAUUAUCCUUGCAGCCUCUGCAUUUUACUACUCCUCCUUCAUUCUGAAAAAGCUAUUAUAG